AACAAAACCCACGAACUUCGCGACCGAGCGAGAGAUGGCGUUAGAUCCCAUUUCCAAGGAGAUCCAAAACCCCACAAAAACCUCUUCAAACCCCUCCGAGUCAAUCUCCAUGAACCUCCUCAAACUUUGUAAUGGACCCUUUCUUUUCUUCUCACCAUUCAAAGAAGAAGAAGAGGAGGAGGAGGAAGAGGAAUUCUAUGGUCUGAGGAUCAUUCUCUUCAUGUGAUGGACAAUGAUCUCCAAAAGGAAUCUCAAGCUUGUGGAAUUUGUAGAAGUUCACUAGAAUUGCACUGUGACAAGAACCUUCUUGUUCCCUGCAAUGAAUGUGGAUGUGCAGUUUGCAGCACAUGCUAUGAAUUCAUAUUGACCGUUGGAAAUCAGUCAUGUCCUAAAUGUAGCCCUUCCAUAAUAGUUGAAGAAUUACCAAACACAGAUUGUGGAGAUUAUCUUUUAAGAUUUACUCAAGAUCCAAAAUGCUCUGAAAGCCUGGUAUUGGAGAAAGCAUUAUGCUAUACAGUGAGUUAUAGAAGGAAUGAAGGAAACGCUAUACCUCAGUCUCCAAAGAGUGUAUCUCUUACACUAAAUGUGCCUGAAAGAAGUUGCCAGAUCACUCAGAAGGUGUAUGCAGAGGUGUCCUCAUGCUGUACAAACAAUUUUACUCACUCAUAUUCAUCUUUUGGCAUUUGGAGUAAAAAGAAAAGCUCUUCCCCUGCUUUUGCUCCAUGUCAUCUAGAUCCAUUUAAGCUUUCAUUGAAGUCGCAAGCUUCAGUCAUUAUGAGCAUUGAAGAUCCUCUCUGGAAGGAAAGGCUUUGUCAAUGGAAGCUUGCCCAGGAGAAAUCAUCAUGUGCAAGUGGGAGUGAAAAGGUCACUGAAGUUGAUGAGUCUAGUCCUCUUACAGAAAUGGAAUGGGACCAAUUUGAAAAGGAUGAAGAAAGCCGCCAGCCUCUGUCAAGAAAAGUGCAUAUUCCCUCCUCAAGGAUUAAUCCCUACAGAGCUGUAGUUCUCAUUCGUCUUGUAGCACUAGCAUUUUUCUUUCGGUAUCGACUACUUAAUCCUGUUGCAAAUGCUUAUGGGCUUUGGUUGACUUCAAUCAUAUGUGAAGCCUGGUUUUCCCUAUCUUGGAUUUUGGACCAGCUUCCGAAAUUGCAACCUAUUCACAGGGAAACCUAUCCUGAACGUUUAUGUUUGAGAUACAACUAUCCAGGAAAAGAAUGUCAGCUUGCCCCCAUUGAUGUGUUUGUUAAUAUCUCAAACCCUAUGAAAGAGUCACCUCUUGUCAUAUCAAAUACCGUGCUCUCGAUUCUGGCCGUGGAUUAUCCUACAGAUAGGUUAACAUGUUAUGUCUCGGAUGAUGGGGCGGCAAUGCUGACCCUUGAAACUCUAUCAGAAACCUGUCAAUUUGCUAGAAAAUGGGUGCCAUUCUGUAGGAAAUUCAAUGUUGAGCCUAGAUCUCCUGAAUGUUAUUUCUCCAAGAAGGUAGAUUACUUGAGAAACCACAUAGCUCCAACAUUUGCAAAAGAGCGAAGGGCAAUGAAGAGGCAAUACGAGGAAUUUAAAGUUCAAAUCAACAGCAUCAUAGCUCAAUUUCAGAAAAUCCCUGUUGAUGGCUGGCUCAUGAGGGAUGGAACUCCAUGGCCUGGAAACAACACCAGGAAUCAUCCAGCAAUGAUACAGAUAUUAUUGGGCCGCAAGGGACCUCAGGAUCGUGAGGGUCAAGAACUUCCGCAGCUUGUUUAUGUAUCCCGUGAAAAGAGUCCUGGUUACCAACACAAUAGUGUGGCUGGAGCCAUGAAUUCUUUGGUUCGAGUUUCUGCUGUUCUUACAAAUGGGUGUUAUAUUCUGAACCUUGACUGCAAUCAAUAUAUAAACAACAGCAAAGCUCUCCUUGAAGCAAUGUGUUUUAUGAUGGAUCCCGGUGUGACAAGGAAGACUUGCUAUGUCCAGUUUCCUCAAAGAUUUGAUGGUAUUGACUCACGUGAUCGCUAUGCUAGCAAGAAUAAUGUAUUUUACGAUAUAUACAUGAAGGGUCUUGAUGGAAUUCAGGGGCCUUUCUGUGUUGGAACUGGCUGUUUCUUUAAUAGGAAGGCCUUGUAUGGUUGUUUACCUUCUGUAGAACCAAAAGGCAGAAUAUUGAGUUAUUCCAGACCUUGGGGGAAGAACUUCGAUCUUGAAUGGAACUUUAUUUCUAGACUUCUAGAGGAAGACAACUUAAGUUUAGAUGAUAUAAAACUGAGCAAUCUUGAAAGGAAGAAUCCUUCUCUCCUUCUCAGCUUAAAAAAAUAUUUUGGCGAGUCAUUAACUCUAAUUACAUCUGUAAUUUUCAACGGCGAUCACUAUGCAAAAUCUUCUUCACCUGAGGAACUUCUGAAAGAAGCAAUUCGUGUUAUAAGCUCUGAUUAUGAGGAUGAUACCGCAUGGGGAAAGGAGGUAGGUUGGAUAUAUGGUUCUAUGGCUUCCGACAUACUUACGGGUCUUAAGAUGCAUGCUAGAGGCUGGAGGUCUGUGUAUUGCACACCCUCUUUUCCCGCAUUCAAAGGAAUUGCCCCAGCCAAUCUAUCUGACCGUUUAAAUCAGGUCCUUCAUUGGUCCCUUGGCUCAAUUGAGGUUCUUUUCAGCAGGCACUGCCCAAUUUGGUACGGCUGCAGGCUUCGAUUGUUUCAGAGGAUCUCUUAUGUUAAUGCUACCAUUUACCCCUUCACUUCCAUUCCAUUAGUUGCAUACUGCACUCUACCAGCUGUUUGUCUUAUUACCGGAAAAUUCAUUAUUCCACAGAUAAGUCUUAUGGGAAGCCUCUGGCUUAUGCUUCUUUUAAUCUCAACAUUUUCUUCUGGAAUUCUUGAGAUGAGGUGGAGUGGUGUUACUACACAAGAAUGGUGGAGGCAUCAUCAGUUUAAGGUGAUUGGGGGAAUUUCAGCGUAUUUAUUUGCAGUUAUUUAUGGGACAAUGAAGAUUCUGAUCAGGAAGAAAUCUGAUUUGGUAGUUUUAAUCGAUAAAUCUGCCGAGGAUGAAUUUCCAGGUCUCUAUGCAUUUCGAUGGACGUCUCUUUCGGUCUUGCCUAUUACGGUAAUCUUCAUUAAUUUGUGGGCUAUUAUUGCUGGGUUAUCUUCUGCUAGCAAUGGUGGUUACGGGUCCUGGGGUCCAUUAUUUGCCAAAUUCUUCUUCUCAUGUUUGGUGAUCAUUCAUCUCUACCCAUUUUUAAAGGGCUUGUUGGUCAGACAAAAUCGGAUUCCUACAGUUGUCAUUAUUUGGUCAGUUCUUCUUGCAUCCUUAUUUUCUGUUCUUUGGGUUCGAGUGAAUCCAUUUGUUACAAGAAUUAAAGGACCCAAUAUUCAGAAUUGUGGCAUUUAUUGUUAAUUAAGCUUGCUUUUUUUUGUGUUGCCAAGCGCAAUUUUUAAUUCUACAUUCUUUAUUUUGCACACAAACCUGCGGGUGUAUAUUGUGUAAUGUGUCUUUCUUAUUCAGAUGGAAUAAAUUUCUGAGUUUAA